GAUUUACGGAGUAACGUAGGGAAACGGCUGCCUGGGUACCUAAGCCUUUUUGACACCAACGCGUGCUCCGCACCUUACAUACACUGCGUGAUUUUAUCCUAAAGCGAGUUUAAAAGUCCCAGUCUGUAGACAGAGAAAUUGGGCGUCACAUAAGGUAAGUGACCUGCACAGCGGGCAUCGAAGGAGACUCGGACAACACGAGACAAGGACAGGACGUAAUGCACCCGGCGCCGCGCCCACUUUCCAACCUCUCGCGACAGUUGUACGUCAUCCGAGAGCGCCGUGGAAGUCGUGCGGCCGGCGUUGCGCCAAGCUUCGCUUGUAGGUGCUGUCUCACGGGUGAGACCGGGAAGUCGGCAAGGCUCGCGCUCUGUCAGACCUGGAGCCCCUGGCCUCCAGCCACCAUGGAGUACCUCAUCGGUAUCCAAGGCCCCGACUAUGUUCUUGUCGCCUCCGAUCGGGUGGCCGCCAGCAAUAUUGUCCAGAUGAAGGACGAUCAUGACAAGAUGUUUAAGAUGAGUGAAAAAAUAUUACUCCUGUGUGUUGGAGAGGCUGGAGACACUGUACAGUUUGCAGAAUAUAUUCAGAAAAACGUGCAACUUUAUAAGAUGCGAAAUGGAUAUGAAUUGUCUCCCACCGCAGCAGCUAACUUCACACGCCGAAACCUGGCUGACUGUCUUCGGAGUCGGACUCCAUAUCAUGUGAACCUCCUCCUGGCUGGCUAUGAUGAGCAUGAAGGGCCAGCGCUCUACUACAUGGACUACCUGGCAGCCUUGGCCAAGGCCCCUUUUGCAGCCCAUGGCUAUGGUGCCUUCCUGACUCUCAGUAUCCUGGACCGAUACUAUACACCGACUAUCUCACGUGAGAGGGCAGUAGAGCUUCUUAGGAAAUGUCUGGAGGAGCUCCAAAAACGCUUCAUCCUGAAUCUGCCAACCUUCAGUGUUCGAAUCAUUGACAAAAAUGGCAUCCAUGACCUGGACAACAUUUCCUUCCCCAAACAGGGCUCCUAACAUCAUGCCCACCCUUCCUCCCACUUGCCAAGGAACUUUUUUUUGCUGGCCUGCUUUAUUUUUUUCUACUCUUUUCAGGUACAUUCUUGAUAAAUGGUUAAUUCAGAAUAAAGGUGACUGUGGAUAUAAUUGA